AACAGGUGAGGCCGCAGGUGGGAGGAGGAAGGGCGGGGAGCCGUGGAGCUUCUUUACAAGCAGGAAGAAGAAGAAGAAGAAGAAGAAGGAAACAUGGUCGCAGACUCACCGAAAGUUGGAUUCUUCCUCCUUUUUUAAACUCCGCGCGGAAAACCUAAGCUCCCUACAGUGUGAAAAUGAGUAUUCGGCGUACAGGCGGCCAUCCAUCCCUGGAGCCCAAUGAUGAUGUCAUGCCCUACAGUGAUGAUGAGACCGACGACGAGCUGGAUGUAUCCACAGAAGAGGAAGAGGAGGAGACACCAGGUGCACCGCAGCCCCCUGUGGAAAUUCGACCCACUGAGAUUGCUUGGAGGGUGAAAGCCAAUGACCGAGCGUAUCAUCACCUGCCAGAAUUUGACAAAAAAACAUUCCUGUGCAUUAAGAAGAGCAAAUAUUCUGGAAAUGCCAUCAAGACGUACAAGUACAACGUCUUCACCUUCCUUCCACUCAACUUGUUUGAGCAGUUCAAGAGAGUUGCAAACAUCUACUUCUUGGCUCUGCUGAUCUUGCAGUCUAUUCCAGCUAUCACCACUCUGCCUUGGUACACCACUCUGAUUCCUCUGGUCGUGGUUUUGGGGGUGACGGCCAUCAAAGACCUGGUGGAUGAUCUUGCUCGGCAUCGAAUGGACAAGGAGAUUAAUAACCGGAAAUGUGAGGUCUUGCUAGACGGCAGGUUUCAAGCGUCAAAGUGGAGGGACAUCCAGGUCGGAGAUGUUGUUCGUAUGAAGAAAAAUGACUUUAUUCCGGCGGACAUUUUGCUGCUUUCCAGCUCAAACCCAAACAGCCUUUGCUACGUGGAAACGGCAGAGCUUGACGGAGAAACCAAUUUGAAGUUUAAGUUGGGACUCCGAGUGACUGAUGAGAGACUCCAGGAGGAACGUCAGCUGGCUCAGUUUGAUGCCAUGAUUGAAUGCGAGGAGCCCAACAACCGUCUGGAUAAGUUCACCGGGGUCAUGCAAUGGAAGACUGACCGCUAUCCCUUGGAUCUGGACAACAUACUGCUCCGUGGUUGCAAGAUCAGAAAUACGGAAGUAUGCCACGGACUGGUCAUCUUUGCAGGUGCUGACACAAAGAUCAUGAGAAAUGGAGGAAAGACACGAUUCAAGAGGACCAAAAUUGACGAGCUGAUGAACUAUAUGGUCUACACCAUCUUUGUCCUCCUCCUCCUGGUGUCAGCAGGACUUGCCAUCGGUCACAGCUUCUGGUUUGAGGAAAUCGGCGCCAACGCCUGGUAUUUAUAUGACGGAAGAGAAGAUAGUACCUCCUACAGGGGGUUCCUCAGCUUCUGGGGUUACAUCAUUGUUCUGAACACCAUGGUGCCUAUUUCACUCUACGUCAGCGUGGAGGUGAUUCGUCUCGGCCAGAGUAAGUUCAUCAACUGGGACCUGCAGAUGUAUUAUGCAGACAAAGACACACCAGCAAAGGCUCGAACCACCACCUUGAACGAGCAGCUUGGACAGAUCGAGUACAUCUUCUCAGACAAGACGGGGACGCUGACACAAAACAUCAUGCAGUUCAAAAAAUGCACCAUUUCUGGACACAGUUAUGGCAAUCCAACCACUGCUGAGGGAGUGAAUCUGGACCGAGGAAGGCCAGUGGACUGGAGCUGGAACGCGGAUGCUGACAAAAAAUUCCAGUUCAUGGACAACUCCCUAGUUGCCUGCUUGCGAUCCAAAAAGGAUAAAGAUGCAUUGGAAUUCUUCAAACUCCUCUCCCUCUGCCACACUGUCAUGGUGGAGAGCAGUGAGAGUACCGGGGAGUUGGUGUACCAAGCAGCGUCUCCAGAUGAGGGCGCCCUGGUGACGGCAGCGAGGAACUUUGGCUUCGUGUUCCUUUCCCGGACCCAGGACACCAUCACCAUCAGGGAGAUGGGAGAAGAGAAAACCUACGAGAUGUUGGCGCUGCUGGACUUCAACUCCGACCGCAAGCGCAUGUCCAUCAUCUUGAAAUUCCCAGAUGGUCGUAUUCGUCUCUACUGUAAAGGAGCUGACACAGUCAUUUAUGAGCGUCUUUCGCCUAAUUCCAAACACAAGGAGUCCACACAAACUGCUCUGGAUAAAUUUGCCAGAGAGACCUUGCGUACACUAUGUUUGUGCUACAAGGACAUCAGCGCUGCAGAGUAUGAAUCCUGGACCAGGAAACACAUGGAGGCUCAGAUGACGAUGUCCAACAGAGACGACGCCCUGGAUCACGUGUAUGAGCUGAUUGAGACCAACCUGUUGUUGAUUGGAGCAACAGCAAUUGAGGACAAACUGCAGGAAGGAGUACCGGAGACCAUUGCCAAACUGGCCAAGGCCAACAUCAAGAUCUGGGUCUUGACCGGAGAUAAGAAAGAAACUGCCGAAAACAUUGGAUUCUCAUGCUCCCUUCUGACGGAAGACAUGCACAUCCACUUUGGAGAGCACGUCAAUGAGAAGCUGUCCAUCCGUCAGGCAAAAAGGAGAAACGAGCCUCCGAUUCAGAGUCGAGGCAGAAAGAGACCUGCUGAACCUUUUUUCACUGAGCCGGGCAAGAACGCUCUCAUCAUCACUGGAGGAUGGCUGAACGAGAUUUUGUAUGAAAAGAAAAAGAAACGCCGCCGUUUGCGUCUUCGACGUCUGGGAAAGCGACCGCCUCCCAGCAGCCCUCAGGAUGGACAGCCUAUGAACGACUGGGAGAAAGAAAUAAGACAAAUUGACUUUGUGGACAUGGCGUGCGAGUGCGAGGCAGUCAUCUGCUGCCGUGUCACACCCAAGCAGAAAGCUAACGUGGUCAGUCUGGUCAAGAAAUACAAGAAGGCCGUCACCUUGUCCAUCGGAGACGGCGCCAACGAUGUCAACAUGAUUAAAACCGCAGACAUCGGUGUUGGUAUCAGUGGUCAGGAGGGCAUGCAGGCCGUGAUGUCCAGUGACUUUGCCUUUGCUCAGUUCCGCUACCUGGAGCGCCUCCUGCUGGUUCACGGACGCUGGUCCUACAUUAGAAUGUGCAAGUUCCUCCGGUUCUUCUUCUUCAAGAACUUUGCCUUCACUCUGGUUCAUUUCUGGUACUCUUUCUUCAACGGAUACUCAGCCCAGGUGACUUUCGAGGACUGGUUCAUCACGCUGUAUAAUCUUUGUUACAGCAGCUUACCGGUUCUUCUUGUUGGACUGCUUGACCAGGAUGUCAAUGACCGACUGAGCCUCAAGUUCCCAAAGCUCUAUCUGCCCGGCCAGCAGGGGUCGCUCUUCAACUACAGGAACUUCUUCAUCAGCUUGUUCCACGGCAUCUUCGUCUCCCUCAUCAUCUUCUUCAUCCCUUACGGCGCCUUCCUGCAGACCAUGGGGCAGGAUGGAGAAGCCCCCUCGGACUACCAGUCUUUUGCUGUGGUCACGGCCUCCGCGCUCAUUUUUACUGUCAAUCUGCAGAUCUCCCUGGACACUUCUUACUGGACCUUUGUCAACUGUUUUGCUGUUUUGGGAAGCAUAGCCAUCUACUUUGGGAUUAUGUUUGACUUGCACAGUGCGGGCAUACACGUCAUUUUCCCCCAAUUCUUCACCUUCACAGGAGCGGCUUCAAAUGCGCUUCGCCAGCCUUACUUGUGGUUAACCAUCAUCCUGACGGUGGGCAUUAGCCUGCUGCCUGUGGUCUGCAUCCAGUUCCUCCAUAAAAUCAUCUGGCCUUCCAUAGGAGACAAGGUCCAGAGAAACAGGAAAAAGUACGAGUUGGAACUGCAAAAGGAGGCAAAGAAACAGCCCUCAGCGUUCCAGCGCGGCGGCCGUUCCCGUCGCUCCGGCUACGCCUUCUCUCACUCUCGGGGCUACGCCGACCUCAUCGUUUCUGGGCGGAGCCUCCGGAGACGCCCCACGGCCCGAGCGCGGCCCCAGAACAGCAUCAGGGAGCUUCCCGAAAGAGCGGCCGAGAACAUUUGAUAUCGCGGUCGAAUCGUAAUCGUUGUCUUUUUUUUUUGUUUUUAAGCAGUGUGAUCUGCGACGAGGAGGAAUGACAUCAUGAUGAUGUCAUCCUGUGGAUAUUUAGGUGCUCGUGAAAGAAGUACUUAUGCACAGACUCUGGUAUGCAAAACUGUCAUUUAUUUAAAUGAUCUCAGGACUUUUAAAAAAAAAGCUUUAUUUUUUAACAUAAAGACGCCGUUCAUUUCCCUUCUGGCUCCACAUUCAUAAAGUGCUUGAAAUUCAAGUAUUUCCUGUUAAAUAUCGCCGCAUUUAAAGUGUUUUAUCCGGAGUAAAGGUUACUGUAAAAACAAACCAAAAAAAAGGUGGUCAGUCGUUAAGUGAAGGCUUCUUUUUCACGACAAUCACUCAUUUAACUUCAAAUUUAUCCAAAAAUCUUUUAAAUAUGUGAUUAUGUAAUGUCGUAUAAGUUGUGCGUCUACUUUUUAAAAUGCAAAUCCAGUAAAUUGUCCCUUUUGUGUGAAUGUGAGAGUGAAAGUCGCCUGCAUGUGGAGCCCACCUUCCAGCUGGGAUAGGCUCCAGCUGCAUUCCACAAGAAUGAAUGGAUAAUAAUCCUCUUCCCCCUAAAAGUCUUCAGGUAGCUCUUAGUAGACUAUUAUUACUUUUUUCAAUUUGUUGUGUGUAUUGUUUACAUUCCACCUGCCGUUUCUUGCGCCCUACAAAUCUAUUUAAGAUACGACUACUUUCUUCUCAGCCAAAACUUCCAAACUGUUACUGUUGUGUUGCUCCUGCUGGUGUUAAUGUGCACAAAUGUGGUUUUAUCACUUCAUGACUGGAGCUUGUUGUCUCUGACACGACCCUGGGUGUUUUUAUCAUGUCGUUAAUAAAAGCCAAAUGGACCUGCA